UACCAACAGAUUGCUGUAAUAAGAAGGAUGACCGCAGGAAAAUGAUCGAAAAAWUUAUYAAARAAAGAAACGAAAAUUGUUCUCGUCYUUCUGCGAACGAUGUCACCCAAACUUCCCCUAAGAAUACGACUAAACAGGAUUUAUCCCCUACGUCGAAAACCAMCAUGGUAWCYGCUAGUAAAUCAGCCUCAAAGAAAAUAAAGAAAAAAGACGUAAGAAAAGAACUGGAAGAGCUGAUUGAAAAUGUAACUAUCAUCGACAGUUUUGAAGAUGAAGYCAAAUCGGAGGCAGUUGAAUUACCAGAAGCUUCGAAUGGACCUGAUGAAGUAACGCUAGCUCGUGGAAGUGCAAAUGAAGAAAAGGGCGAAGCGGUGAUCCAGGAAAUAGAUGAAACAAUGUUUGAAAAUCUACGAUGGGAAGUGGAUUUUAGUGAUAAGUUCAAGAAGCGUUUUAGUGGUAAAAAGAUACAGCAAGACACGAAGAGGAGAAUCGUGGAGAAGAUAAUAAUGCUAGCACAAGGUGAAUGGAAUGCAAAUUCGUGUAAAAGGCUCGAAGGGCAACCGAAACAGAAAAAAAUUCAUUUGUAUGAGUCCAAGUUAACAAAGGGUGCAAGAAUCCUGUGGGAAAAGACUAUCGCGUUCUCUAAACAAAGAUGUAGCACAAACAAAGACUUAAGGAUUUACACAGAAAUAAUACGAGUAUGGGAUGUAGUGAUGGAUCACGGAGACUUAGAUCACGAAAUCGAAAAUGUCGUGAAAAGCAUCGAGCGGGGAAAGCAGUGUGCGAUGAAAGUUAGGCUCAAGGCAAUUGAAAUGAAGACGAAUGAAUCAGAUAUCACGGUGGUGACUUAUCCUACUUUGUAUCAGAAAUGCGAGUACGGCAAUCGGCCACAUACCGAGCUAAAUGCUGAUGAAGAAGGAGUUCAUUAUUCUCCACCCGCAAGUUCCGACAAAAAUGAGUAUAACAUCUUGAAAUUUUAUUCCUUCACAUUUCCUGUAAUGGAAGCCCUUCUGAACGGGGAAGGAAAAGCUGAUAUUAACUUCCCAUUCAAAGUUACCGAGCUUGAACACGACAUCAUUCACCUACAGCAAGAGCCACCUUGUCCCAUUAUUCUGCUUGGUCGAAGUGGCACGGGGAAAACGACGUGUUGUCUGUAUCGUCUUUGGACAGAGUUCCAGAACUACUGGAAACAAGCGGCUACCAAUGGACCACAAUUUCCGAUUUAUACUUCUUCAAGGCCCGGCAACUGCAGUACGAGAGAAGGAACCUCGGAAAGUUGUCAGGGCGCGUCAUCAUCUGUCGAUGGAGGAGUCAAAUCGAUGGGGGGAUGCAGUUCAGAGAAGUUCGAGCAUUUUCACCCCGUUUUUAUCACCAAAAAUGAUAUUUUGUGCAACGAAGUUCGAAAAAAUGUCAAAGAGUUGAUAAACGCUAAUCCAUCCAUAAAAUCAAUAGUGGUAUGUGAUGACUCACUUCCAAUUCGGAUUCAGGAUUUGGGAGAAACUUCCUGGCCUCUAAUUGUUAGUUCCCGUGACUGGCUGCUCCUCUUGGAUGCGUCUUUACCUGGAGAUUCGUUUUUUCAAAGAAAAUCUGAUGGAAGUUUGCAGAACAAAAUCAAAGGAUGGGGAAAAGAGAGCAAACAUAUGCGUUCCCUUCCUGUGGAUGGUGAAGAUCAAAAGAUGAGAGAAGUGCAAGGGGUUCAUCAGAUAACAGAAGAUACCGAUUCACAGCGUCGCCGAAAGCCUAUCACUUCUCAAAAUCUUAGAAGAGAACUCACGUAUCAAGUAUUCAGGGACGAUUUCUGGCCAAAAAUGGAAAGAAAAAUAAAGAAAGAGAUCCAUCCAACUCUCGUAUGGACAGAAAUCAGGUCAUUUAUCAAGGGAUCGGCAGAGGCUUUAAACACAACUCAAGGCUUUCUUUCGAAAGAGGAAUAUCAAAAAAUCGGCCGAAAAAGAGCUCCUUUCUUUGUGGGAGACAGGGACACAAUUUAUGAAAUUUUUGAGUCGUAUCAAAAAUUUCUCACUUCAAAGGGGAAGUAUGACGAGGCCGACCUGGUCCAUCACCUCCACAAACGCCUUUCUGUGAAUCUGGAAAAACUGCCAUUGUCCAUCCAUAGAGUUUAUGUAGACGAAACACAAGACUUCACUCAAGCGGAGUUGACUCUUCUCAUCCUGUGCUGUCGCCAGCGAACUCGAAUGUUCUUCACUGGGGAUACGGCUCAGAGCAUCAUGAGAGGAAUUGCUUUCCGUUUUGAUGACAUUAAGACUCUGCUUUUUAAUUUGAAGUCGACGUAUGACAAUACAAUAAAUGUUCCAAAGAUUCUUUUCCAGUUGACACACAACUAUCGUUCCCAUUCUGGUAUUUUAAAGUUGGCUUCUAGUGUAGUCAAGUUGCUGGGAAGGUUUUUCCCUCAGUCGUUUGACAAGCUCGAAGAGGACACCGCCUUAUUUGAUGGUCCCAAGCCAGUUCUCCUCGAGUCCUGCAGUUUGUCAGACUUGGCUAUGAUCCUUYGAGGAAACAAACGGCAAACUUCAAGAAUUGAAUUUGGUGCCCAUCAAGCUGUUCUUGUGGUAUCUGAAGAGGCUCGUGAUAACAUGCCAGAAGAAUUGAAACAUGGCUUGGUUCUCACUAUAUACGAGGCAAAAGGUCUGGAGUUUGAUGACGUUCUCAUCUACAAUUUCUUUAAAGAUUCCGAGGCAAAAGAGGAAUGGAGAGUCGUGACUAGCUACGCUCACGAAGAGCAGCAGAACCGCAUUCAAUCAGGAGCUACCGGCCUCGUGGAAAUUCAUGAGAGAAACCUCACACCUACAUCAAGACCCCUUGAAUUCAACCGCGAGCAACACAAGUUGCUUAAUUCUGAGUUUAAGCUUUUAUAUACUGCAAUAACCCGAGCUAGGGUGAAUAUAUGGUUCUUUGACGAAGAUGUAAAUGGCCGUGGACCAAUGUUUGAGUAUUUCCAACGGUCAAAUCUUGUUCAAAUGAACGUCCUCAAGGAUAAAGAUGAAGCUUCGUUGAGAAAUCCUUUUGCAGAAAGUUCAACGACCGCAGAGUGGAGAGACCAGGGGAUUCAUUUCCUCAAUCAAGAAGAAUGGGCUUUGGCUGAAACUUGCUUUAAAAAUGCGGACGAUGAACUUAUGUUCAAUAAAAGCGAGGCACUAAGAAUGGCUCAAGAAGCUACAGCAAAGCAAGAUAAUAAUCUGUUAUGUGCCGCAGCUGUUGCGCUUUUGAAGUGCGACAUGGUCAACAAAGCUGCAGACUGUCUGAGUAAUGCUGGUGAAAGCCUGCUUCUCGAAAAAUUGUACAAAAAAAUGGGAAAGCCAGUUAAGUCUGAAGAUGCUACGACGUAGUUCUUUUGGAAGUGCACAAGGAAAAGCCUGAAAGAUAGCAUUAAAGGAAACCGUUGCAAUUUAUCACGAUGGAGCCGGCAUAAGUAUAGUACUUCGUGACGAAUAAACUUUCCUUUAGGGAAGGCUGUGCUACGGAAGAUGUAUAUAAUAUUUUACAUAACCGAUAUUUAAACAUGGAUAGAAUAUUAAAAAAGGUCAAAAUAGCAAUUUAAAAAAGCUUGUUAUUGUCAAAGUAGCAAAGAUUUUUGUGUACCAGUUACUUACGACUGCCCUGUAAAAGGUUUUUAAGACAAAGAUUUCUGUAACAUUUAUAAGCUUACUAUGAUUUUCAUUCAUUUUUAAUCGGGCUCUUUUCAAUACUU